AUGGAGAAUCUUAAGGCGAAUACCGUUGAUGCCCCAGAUACCCUCCAGCAGACGGAUGACCAAGAAGAAUCUGAGAAAGACGAACGCGACCUCCUACCUGACUAUCAGGGAGCUGAAGAUUCCGGCGAUGGCCACUGUAAGAAGUCUAGCGUGAAGGAGGAUGCAGUGGUGAAAGAAGACCCGGCCACUGACCUUGAGGCUAAGUGA